AUGGCUUCAUUCAUCACCACAAUCAAUGCUCGCACGAGAGCGCCUUUCAAGCCGCGCUCAGCGGCUAAGGGCACUACUAGUUAUCAAUUAAGACAGUUUGCGGAAGCGACACUUGGAAGUGGAAGCCUACGGAAGGCUGUAAAGCUUCCUGAGGGUGAGGAUGUGAAUGAGUGGCUAGCUGUCAAUGUGGUCGACUUCUACAACCAGAUAAACCUUCUUUACGGAGCUAUCACCGAAUUUUGCUCGCCGCAGACAUGCCCCGAAAUGAAAGCGACCGAUGAGUUCGAGUAUCUCUGGCAGGAUUCGGAGAAUUACAAGCGCCCGACGAAGAUGUCUGCGCCCGAGUACAUUGAGCAUCUCAUGAGCUGGGUUCAGGGAAAUAUCGACAACGAGCAGAUGUUCCCUAGUCGAUUAGGUGUCCCGUUUCCGAAGGCAUUUUCCAGUCUCGUUCGUCAGAUUUUCAAACGAAUGUACCGUGUAUAUGCUCACGUUUACUGUCACCACUACCCUGUGAUCGUCCAUCUGGGCCUCGAGCCACAUCUCAACACCAGCUUCAAGCACUAUGUUCUCUUCAUCGACGAGCACCGACUUGCGAGCGGAAAGGAUUUCUGGGGCCCGUUGGGAGACCUGGUGGACAGCAUGCUGCGAAGUGACUGA